AGAGAGUUCUCUAGCACCCCCGAGACUGGGAGAAGCCAGCCCUCCUCGCUCUGCGGCCUCCGAGGAGCACGACGGGUUCUGGGAAAGCAGCUGCACGGUUUGCACUCAGAGGCCACCCGGGAGAGGCGCGCGUGCGACGUGGGUGAAGACGCCCGAAACUCAAACAACUUGGUGCGCCUCCAGUUCCACCCUACAUCCUGCCCUCUGCAGAGAGAGCUGGGCCUGCUCAGCCGCGGGCUCUCUCUCCUUGCCCCUCUAGGGGUCCGAGGAAACCCCGCAGUUAGGAAAGUUCCUCCCUACCCUCGCGGAGCUAGGGGACACACAGGUCGGGGCCAGAAUAGGCGACGACGGAAGUCCAAGUGCGACCCAGGUGAGGUAGGCACUGAGGGUGAGGCCAGAACUUCAUUACCAUACAGCUGAGGACGCACCCCCCCCCCAUUUCGAGAACCACGCCCCCCACCUCCCUGUCCGACCACUAGUCCCGGCGCUAGCCCGAGCCAGGAGGUAGUGGGGGUGGAGAACAGAAGAGAGAAGGCACGCGCUGGGCACGCCCCGCGGCUGGGGAGUGACACGCCUACCAGGUGCCGAGAAGACCCGAGUCUUAGACGCUUGGCCCUUUGCCUUGCCUGGAAUGGCCACGGAAAGGUUAACGCGUCCGACGGCUUCCCUGCGGUGCUGGGGACGCGUGGUGGGUGGGUGCUCUUAGGCUGGAGGCCAGCCAGGCACGAGCUACCUACAGUCUGGGACGAAGAGGGCGAUCCAAGUCCCCUGGCGCUGGUUUUCGCUUUCUUGGUUUAAGUUCUUCCCACCUGCUGGAGGACUAUAGGAAGCUAAUGCCUGGAGCAGAUCCACCGCCUACGGCGAUCCCUUAGCGUUUCCACCCCCAGGACUAUCCCGGAACCACCUCACCUCCCGCUGCAUCACUGGGCUACCCUCCUAUCCUCUGGUGGCGAGGGUCUCAGCCCUUAACCAGACGAUCUCUGAGGGCUGCUCCCUGGGCACGCGCAGAGCUGGGAGCCCAGAGGUUGGAAGAGGGGCGGGGACCUGCGCCCUACUGGCUAGUUGACAGGGGGAGCGGCGGGGGCGGAGGCCCCCUCCGGUGGGUGCUGGGACUGUAGCCACUAGAGGCCUAGAGGGGAGGGGAGAGUGACCAUGAGUCUGUCUGACUGACAGGCUGCGAAGAGGAGCCAAUAUAUAUAAGAAAGGCUCCGGAGGCAGCAGGUUUCAGUAGCGGCGCUGCUCGCCGGCCAGGAACCCGAGGCCAAGGGCCUCAGCCAAAGCCGCUUGGGUGCAGUGUACCCCGGCACUAGUCCGCUUGAGGCCCUAGGAUUAGCUCCAGGACACAGACUUAGAGCGACCACCGCCCAGUCGCCUUCACCUGGAAUACCUACCUACGGAAGCAUCGAGCCGCCGCGGAGUUUUCGAGAAGGCGACCGGGGAGCAGAGCCCCGAGAGGAAUCAGCUUUUUAGGAACUCGGCUGGCAGACGGACGCGCUGGAGAGCGACAUCCCGAAGAAGCAAAUUCAGAGCCCCCGAGUGGCGAGGACAGCCCAAGGAAUGACGCCUGCAUCCCGGAGCGCCUUCCACUGGGCGCUGCUGCUGCUGGCGGUACUGUGGCCGCAGCAGCGCGCUGCCGCCUCCGGCAUCUUCCAGCUGCGGCUGCAGGAGUUCGCCAACGAGCGCGGUGUGCUGGCCAAUGGGCGGCCCUGCGAGCCCGGCUGCCGGACUUUCUUCCGCGUCUGCCUUAAGCACUUCCAGGCAACCUUCUCGCCGGGACCCUGCACCUUCGGCAGCGUCUCCACACCGAUUUUGGGCACCAACUCCUUCGUCGUCAGGGACGAGAAUAGUGGCGGUGGUCGCAACCCUCUUCAACUGCCCUUCAAUUUCACCUGGCCGGGUACCUUCUCACUCAACAUCCAAGCUUGGCACGCACCGGGAGACGACCUGCGGCCAGAGGCGUUACCAGCCGAUGCACUCAUCGGUGAGAUCACCAUCCAAGGCUCCCUUGCUGUGGGUCAGAACUGGCUGUCGGACGAGCAAAACAGCACCCUCACAAGACUGCGCUACUCCUACCGGGUCAUCUGCAGUGACAACUACUAUGGAGACAACUGUUCCCGCCUGUGCAAGAAGCGCAAUGACCUCUUCGGACACUACGUGUGCCAGCCAGACGGCAGCCUGUCCUGCCUGCCGGGUUGGACGGGGAAAUACUGUGAUCAGCCUAUCUGUCUUUCUGGCUGUCAUGAACAGAACGGCUACUGCAGCAAGCCAGCAGAGUGCCUCUGCCGUCCGGGUUGGCAGGGUCGCCUGUGCAAUGAAUGUAUCCCCCACAAUGGCUGUCGCCAUGGCACCUGCAGCAUCCCCUGGCAGUGUACCUGUGACGAGGGCUGGGGAGGUCUGUUCUGUGACCAAGAUCUCAAUUACUGCACUCACCACUCCCCAUGCAAGAAUGGAGCGACGUGUUCCAACAGCGGCCAUCGGAGCUACACCUGCACCUGUCGCCCAGGCUACACUGGUGUGGACUGUGAGCUGGAACUCAGCAAGUGUGACAGCAAUCCCUGUCGAAAUGGCGGCAGCUGUAAGGACCAGGAGGAUGGCUACCACUGCCUGUGUCCCCCAGGAUACUAUGGGCAGCACUGUGAACAUAGUACCCUGACCUGUGCUGACUCACCCUGCUUCAACGGGGGCUCCUGCCGGGAGCGCAACCAGGGGGCCAGUUAUGCCUGUGAAUGCCCCCCUAAUUUCACUGGCUCCAACUGUGAGAAGAAAGUGGACAGGUGCACCAACAACCCAUGUGCCAAUGGGGGCCAGUGCCUAAACAGAGGUCCGAGCCGUACCUGCCGCUGCCGACCGGGAUUCACAGGCACCCACUGUGAACUCCACAUCAGUGACUGUACCCGAAGCCCCUGUGCCCAUGGGGGCACUUGCCACGAUCUGGAGAACGGGCCAGUAUGCACCUGCCCUGCUGGUUUUUCUGGCAGGCGCUGUGAGGUGCGGAUAGCCAAGGAUGCUUGUGCCUCGGGGCCCUGCUUCAACGGGGCCACCUGCUACACUGGCCUCUCCUCAGACAAGUUCGUCUGCAACUGUCCUUACGGCUUUGUGGGCAGCCUCUGCGAGUUUCCCCUGGGCUUGCCACCCAGCUUCCCCUGGGUGGCCGUCUCGCUGGGUGUGGGGCUGGUGGUACUGAUGGUGUUGCUGGGCAUGGUGGCCGUAGCUGUGCGGCAGCUGCGGCUUCGGCGGCCCGAUGAUGGCAGCAGGGAGGCCAUGAACAACUUGUCAGACUUCCAGAAGGACAAUCUAAUCCCUGCUGCCCAGCUCAAGAACACGAACCAGAAGAAGGAGCUGGAGGUGGACUGUGGCCUGGACAAGUCCAACUGUGGCAAACUGCAGAACCACACACUGGACUACAAUCUGGCUCCAGGGCCCCUGGGGCGGGGGACCAUGCCUGGGAAGUAUCUUCACAGUGACAAGAGCUUAGGAGAGAAGGUGCCACUUCGGUUACACAGUGAAAAGCCAGAGUGUCGAAUAUCAGCGAUAUGCUCCCCCAGGGACUCCAUGUACCAGUCAGUGUGUUUGAUAUCAGAAGAGAGGAACGAAUGUGUCAUUGCCACGGAGGUAUAAGGCACGAGCCUACCCAGACCCCAGCUUCGGCCCAGCAGCUGGGCCUCCCUUCUGCAUUGUUUACAUUGCAUCCUGGAUGGGACGUCUUUAGUAUGCACAGUGCUGCUCUGAAGAGGAGGAGGGAACGGCAUGGACUGGACAGACUGUGAACCUGCCAAGAGUUGCACCACCCUGCAGGCCUGCAGGCGUCUGCCUGACCUCAGAUGGGCAGCCCUACCAACAAGGGAACAGAGCCGAGGAGCCAGAGGAGCAUCCGUUGAGCUGAUGUCCAAGGUGCAUCUGCCAACAGUGGCCACCACGGGGCUCUUGACUGUUUUUCGGAGAGUAGCAGUGGCCCAGUUGGUCUCGGAGCUGCUGUGGCUUCCAUGGGCAUCUGUGUUUCCAAAGUGCCUUUGCCCAGGUUCCGUCAUGACUGCUGGGCCCAAAUGGGAGAGGAGAAGGAGGCUUGCAAGGGACGGGCCUCUCGUAGUCAGGGAAACUGUGGAGUUUGGCUUCUGGCAGGGGCUACCCAGCGGGUGAGGUGAGACAAGUGGUUCCUGCCUCCAACCACAGCAUGUGGGGUGCCACCUAGCCUAGACCCUCUGGGCAAAAGUAGAUAGCUCACCUCUCACUGGUCCUGGUGCCUCUGGGCUUGUGUGGACAGACAGGCUUGGGGCCUGCCCCUUGUGCCAACUGGGGUUCUAGGGCCUAACUGGGGAGCUCAGGGCUGUUAUGGGGAGAUAGUGGGUGCUGCUGUGGCCUAGGCCCUUUCCUCCCCCAUGCCCAUUUCUGUGCCCUUGAGCCUGGGUUCCAUCAGUGCCCACUGCUGCCCCAGACCACCCUUGAAGCCGAUCUUCAGAAAUCAAUAAUAUGAGGUGUUUUUUUUUUGUAGUUUAUUUUGGAAUCUAGUAUUUUGAUAAUUUAAGAAUCAGAAGCACUGACCUUUCUACAUUUUAUAACAUUAUUUUGUAUAUAAUGUGUAUUUAUAAUAUGGAACAGAUGUGUACAGGAAACUAUUA